AUGCAAGCUAUUCAAUAUUUUGGUAAUAAAGAUAUUAGGUAUACUACUGAUAAACCAAUCCCAGAGAUUGUUCAUCCACAUGAUGUGAAGAUUAAGGUUAUGAAUUGUGGGAUUUGUGGAUCAGAUCUUCAUGAAUAUCUUGAUGGACCUAUUUUCUUUGAAGGUGAAACCAAUCCAAUUACUCAUAAACAUAAAGCAGGUCAAUGUUUAGGUCAUGAAUUAUGUGGGGUUAUUGUUGAAGUUGGUUGUGAUGUUGAACAUACCUUGAAGAUUGGGCAACACGUAGUUCUAGAAGCAAAUGGGACCUGUUUGGAAAGACAAUUUUUACAACAACUGAAAGAAGAGCAACAAGAUAUUUGUGGUGCUUGUGCUAGAGGGAAAUACAAUUGUUGUAAGCGGAUUAACUUUUAUGGAUUGGGUUUCAGUGAUGGUGGUAUGGCUGAAUAUAUGGUUGUUACUUCAAAUAGAGUUAUUCCAUAUGAUCCAAAAGUCAUUCCUGAUGAAAUUGCUGCGUUGGUUGAACCUUUGGCUGUUGCUUGGCAUGGUGUUCGUCAAUCACGAAUUUCUGAGGAACCAAAUCCACAAGCUUUGAUUAUUGGUGGUGGUCCAAUUGGAUUGUGUACUAUAUUUGCUUUAAAGGGGCAUAAGAUUCAUGAUAUAGUCUUAAGUGAACCAGCAACUGCUCGUAGAGAAUUGGCUGAAUCUUUUGGUGUUAGAACAUUUAAUCCACUUGAGUAUAAAGACAAGAAUACACAGAUUAAGGAGUUAUUGAAGUUGACUAAAAGAAAUGCAGGUUUCACUCAUGUUUAUGAUUGUUGUGGAAACAAGAUUACGUUUGAAACAAUGGUUAAAUCAUUAUGUGCUGGUGGUGUUGGUACUAACAUUGCAAUAUGGCCACAUGUUCCAGUUGAUUUAUACCCAAUGGAUUUAACUUUAAAUGAACUUGUAAUCACUGCAAGUAUGUGUUACACAAGAGUUGACUUUGAAUUGGUAGUCAAAGCAUUUGAAGAAGGGUUAAUCGAUCCAAAAGAAGUUGAAAAAUUAGUAUCCAAAAGAGUCCAAUUAAAAGAUGGAAUUGAACAAGGUAUAUUGGACUUGAUUCAUAAUAAGGAAAAGUAUGUUAAAAUAUUUGUUCAUCCUUGA